AUGCCCACGGUUCUUUACUUGAAUAUGGACAAAUAUUUGCAAGGUUUAUUUCUCCUUGCUAAUGAUUCAUCUACAGAGGUUCGGAAGUUGGUUUGUGCAGCAUUUGUUCAAUUAGUUGAAGUCCACAUCCAGAGGGACCCGCCUCCUUCUAAUCCUGGAGAUACUCUCUAUGUGACUGGUUUAUCUACAAGGGUCACAAAAAGGGACCUUGAAGACCACUUCUCUAAGGAAGGAAAGUCCCUAAGGAAACGACCUAGAACUCUAACACCUGGACACUAUCUUGGACUCAAGAACAGCAGGGCAGAAGGUUAUCGUGGUGACCGCGGCGACCGUGGUGACCGUGGUAGGUACCGUGGCUAUGAUGACUAUGCAUACCACCGAAGAUCUCCAAGGCGAUCACCAUACGGAGGUGUGAAUAUGAACUCUGCUAGUGGGGUUUGUGAUGAAGGUUAUUCCACAGACAUUGGUAUAGAAGGCAGUGCUUGUGAUAUGGAAAUAUCACCCGGUAUGACAAAGUAUUGGCGUCCAAUUUGUGCCAACGGUUUGAAGCCUCAUGUCGAGCAACAAUUUGAUUCCUUGGAUAGUGCUUUUGGUUUUUAUAAACAAUAUGCUGGCUCUGUUGGUUUUGACUGUAGGCAGAGCACAACUCGAAGGGGUAGAGAUGGUGGUAUUGUGUUGAAGCAUGUUGUAUGUAGUCGUGAGGGGUUCAAGCAUAGCCAUUAUAGUGAUGCGAAGAGGCGGAGGUUAACAAGUAGGGUUGGGUGUAAGGCUAAGGUAGUUUUUAAAUUCAUACCGAAAGGUUGUUAUUCUGUGCAUUUUUUUGAGGAACGGCAUACCCAUUCGAUGUGUUCAUCUAUUGCUAAGCAGUUUUUAAAAGUCAAUCGCAAUCUUGAGGCUGGCCAUCAAAUUUUCGUUGCAAGUUGUGUUCGGGCAAACAAUGGCCCUACUCGGUCGUAUAGGUUAUUCAAGGAGAUUGUUGGUGAGUAUUCUAAUGUGGGGGCUACAAGUGUGGACUUUCAAAAUUUCAAACGUGAUUUAAUGGCUUACAUUUUGAAUGGUGAUGCUCAAUUGUUCAUAGAUACGCUAUUUAAAAGGCGUGAAUUGUGCAAAGCAUUUGGGUUUGAAUAUGAUGUUGAUGAGGCUGACCAGCUCUCAAGGGUUUUCUUGGCAGACGCAGUAUCAAGGAAGAACUUUUCUUUGUUUGGUGAUGUUGUUUCGUUUGAUGCUACAUAUCGUACUAACAGGUAUAAUCUGGUUUUUGUCCCAUUUACUGGCAUUGGUAAUCAUAAGAGAUGCAUCACCUUUGGUGCUGGGCUGCUUACGAAGGAAGACAUAGACUCAUACGUGUGGCUUUUAGAGAGUUUUAAGAAAAUUAUGUGUCAUGAUCCUAUUUGCGUUGUUACAGAUCAAGAUCCAGCUGUGAAGGUUGCCGUUGCUCAAGUGUUUGGUGCGUCAAAACACAGAUUUUGUAUGUGGAAUAUAAUGUGCAAGGUGGGAGAGAAGGUUGGACCAGUUUUGUCUAAGGACGAGGUGUUUAGGAGGAAGUUGAAUUGCAUCGUUUGGGAUAAUUCAAUUGAUCCUGAGGCCUUUGAGCUGCGAUGGAAUCAGAUUAUGGAGGAAUAUGGGUUGGGUGAUAAUGGUUGGUUUCGUUACUUGUUUGAGUACCGUACAUUUUGGGCAUCUCCAUACUUUCAUGAUGAGUUUAUGGCGGGUUUGGUUAGGACCACAUCUAGAUCGGAGUCUCAAAACAGUUUCUUUGGUAGCUUCUCUAAUGGACACUCUAGCUUGGUUGAAUUUUUGGUGCAUUAUGAUAGUGCUAUUGGUGCACAGCGACAUGCCCAAGCAAAACUAAAUGCUGAUUGUGAAGCUUGUUUUCCCGUGUUGAAGACACCAUUGGCGUUGGAGCGGCAUGCCAUGGGUGUUUACACAAUUUCUGUGUUUUAUGAUGUUCAAGAGGAGAUUUGUGCAGCUUGUUUUUCUUGUCAAGUGGUAUCUUUGAGUGAUUCUGAUGGUUGCGUGUCUUACGUGAUAAAAGAUGGUGACCAUCGAGCAUGGGCUGUCAAUUUAGUUUUGGAUGAUAAUUGUGCAAGGUGUUCUUGCAAGAUGUUUGAGAGGAUGGGUUUGUUGUGUAAGCAUAUCUUUUUUGUUUUUAAAGAUCGUGGUCUUGAGAGUAUUCCUUCUAGGUAUUUGGUGCAUCGGUGGACAAAGGGUGCAUGUUUGCACCCAAUAUUUGAUAUUGAUGGUAUAGUUGUUGAUCAAUCUGCGAAAGUGGAGAACGUUAGGCUGCUUACUAAUCUUAUGUGGUCUGAUAUUUAUGCUUGUGUGGGGUUCGCUGAUGGUAAUAUUGAUCGUUUGUCACAGAUACGAAGCGUUAUUAAUGAUCAAAGGAAAUUAUUUCUUCAAGAUGGGAGUGAUAAUGGCAGUAGCAUUGCUGUUGGUAGCAAGCAAAGUGUGAUUAAUUCGUUUUGUGGGUCUGUGUCCAAGGCCUCUUCAGUGGAAAUGCACGACCAUGUCAAAGCUAAGAACAUGGGUAGUGGUUGUUAG